CAAGUUAUUUUGUGAUUGAACGUCGUCGUGGUGACAAUGCGAGUCCACUGGUGCUUUGUAAUAUUCUUUGCGACAUGUCGCCUCUGCGAUGGGUUGCAGCCACUGGAAAUUCCGUCAUAUUUAAAGAUAUGUCAUCGAACUGACCCGAACAUAAACGACUGCGUCAAAGAGAACAUCAUCGUGCUGAAACCAUAUUUAAAGGAUGGCAUCGAGGCUCUUCGGAUACCACCCUGUGAACCGCUGCGCUUGUCGGAAAUAGAAAUCGAUCAAUCGUCCGGGCCGAUUUACAUCCACGCGAAAUACACGAACAUCUCCAUCUACGAGGGCACCAAUAUUGUUCCGAAAAACGUAAAGGUCGACGUCGAUAAGAAUCGCAUGAGACUGAAGUUCCACAUCCCGCGGCUGAGCAUGAUCGCGAAUUACAAUCUAAACGGCAGGAUAAUGAUGCUGCCGAUCACCGGAAACGGCGUGGGCCACGGCAACUUCACGGACAUCGACGCCAUCAUCACUCUUCAGAUGCAACGUUACCGGAACCAGGCGACCGGGCUGAUCCAUCAACGGGUCGGCGACAUUUACGUGGACUUCGAGAUGGACCACGCGUCCAUGCACUUGGACAAUCUGUUCGACGGCGAUCAGACGCUCUCCGGCGCUAUGAAUUUGUUCCUGAACGAGAACUGGAGGUCCGUGGUGGCGGAGGUGAAGCCGAAACUCGAGGAGAAGAUCGGCGAGCUGAUCAAAAAUUUCACGGACACGAUCUUCUCGGAGUUUCCCGAAGACGUGCUGCUGCCGCCCUGAUGAAAAUUGAUUUUCAUUUAUGAAUAUGUUAAGAAACAUUUAUACGGUGUGAAAUGCAUUACAAAUCGAAGUCAAAGGAAAUUUUGUUUUAUGAGUAUAUUAUCGGUCGCAAGAAUGAACAAAUUGUUCUCUAAAUGUACGAUAAAAAUUCGAGAAUUCUUCUAUAAACGUGCAAUAAACAUUGGAGAAUCUUUCUCUAAAUAUACGAUAAAAAUUGGA